GAGCUGCCCCUCAGCCAGCCCUUCUGCCCCACUCCCCACAGCGCCCCCUGCCUGGGGAAGAACGAGGCGGGGGCAGGGCUAUACUGGGGUCAUGUGGAGCCCCUGCUGGGCUGGGAAAGGCAGCCGGAGAGCGCUGGAGGGCUGGAGCCAUGGGGGGCAAACGAAGGCAGCUGGGCUGGAGAGGGGUGUGAGGCCCGGGGGCUGCGCCGACAGCUGUCUGUAACCAUACCCUGCUGGCCUGCACCCCCGCGGCCCCCCAGCUGGGCACCUCCCCGCCAAGGGUUACCCGGCUCUGUGCUGGGGCCUGCGGAGGGGACGGGGGCUUGGAGCUGUGCCUCGCACCACAGUGAGUCACGGGGAGGGGCUGGAGCACAUCUGGAGCACAUCAGGCCCUCCGCAGCGGGCGGGGAUGGCAGGGUUAACGGGGCCGGGCUCUGCACACACACAGCGCCACGCAGCCGGCCAGGCAGCGCCUUAGCAUGUCCCCCCUGGGCCCGUGGGUGCUGAGGGACCCCGCGUGGCUGCGUGUGGUCUGGGUCACGGCGCUGGGGCUGGGCUCCGUCUGCAUCUGGGUCCUGUUCCUGGUGUGCUCCCUGAGGGGCCGGCAGCCUGUGCGCCCUGGGGCCCAGCCGCUGGCAGGCAAGCAGUCGGGAGGCGGGAGAUCUCAGGCCAGCUCGGAGAAGAGAAGGAAGAAGGGUGCAAAGCAGAACCCUGCUCCCAGCCGGCGGGAGCAGCCCCAGGGAGCACGGGGGCCGCUGCACAAGGAGCCCAGGACAGCCAGCACACGUGUGGCAGCCCACAGAGAGGAGCUGAUGUCUGCUGGCAGGAAGGAGAAGUCCAGGAUGGCAGAGGAGAGUUCAAGUGGUAGCAGCAGCUCCCCUAGCCCUGGGGACACUCUCCCUUGGAACCUGGCCAAGCACCAGAGGACCAAAAGAACCAAGUCGUCCUCGGGCAGCGGGACCGUGCUGGACCCGGCGGAGAGAGCCGUGAUCCGGAUCGCAGGUAGGGUGCUCGUCAUGCCAAUGCGUUUUCUCUGGGCAGAGGGUCAUAGCUCUCCCCCUCUGGAUGUGAUGAGAGACAGCUGCUGUGUGAACAGUGCAGCUGGAUUGGCAGAUCACCAGCAGCCAUUGUGAAUGGGGGACCGUCACCCCGUGGGCGUGUUUCUAGUGGGAUCUGGUCUCAGCCCAGCGCUAUUCAGUAUCUAUCCAUCAUCUGGGAGAAAACAGACAAUCGCUGCUGGUAACAUUUGCGCCUACACCCAGUUGCUGGUGUGGUAAAUACAGGGACAGCCAGUCUGGAUCGUUUGGUAUGGCAGGUUCCUCUGAACCGCACGUGUUUAAUCCACGAGGGGGCCGGGCGUGUGUCUGCGCAGGGUCACCUGACCGGGAACAGAGCCCAUGGGUCAGAUUAGGGGCUGGCUGCUGGAAUGCACGUAGAGGGUGUGACCCUGAGCUCCCUGCGCGAUGCUGGGGCUAUAAUGUGAACGUGAUCCUGGGAGCCAUCGAGUAGGACACGGAGGUGCUGUGACCUCUGUGUAUGGCAUUGGUGGGCCCAUCCCUGGGUGGUGGCACUUCAACAAGGAUGUUGGCAAACUGGGAAGGAUUCAGAAAAGCUCUACGAGGCUGGCGUGUGGUGUGGAACACGGCCUCAAGGCAGAGACUAAAGAAACUCCGUCCAGGUAGCUCAUCCAAGAGACGUUUCAGAGGUGACUUGGGCACUUCCAGAGGAGCCGAUUUCUGAUGGCAGGCGGCUCUUGGGUCUGGCUGUAAAAGGCAGAAUGAGAUUUGAUGUUGGGAAGUCGAAGCCAGGCAAGGUGCAGUUUCCUGUCAGGCAGGGGAAUUAACCACUGGAACAGCUCACCUAGGGAAGUUUAGGCUUAUACAAUGUGCAGGUGACACCGAGCUAGGAGGGGUUGCAAGCACUUUGGAGGGCAGGAUUAGAAUUCAAAAGGCCUGUGGCAAAUAGGAGAAUUGGUCUGAAAUCAGCAAGAUGAAAUUCAGUCGACA